UUCCCGCCCCCCCGAAAUUACGAAAAUACCCUCGCGCACCGGCGCAGGAUAAAUCAAUCUGCUCCGUCGACCGAUCACUCGUUGGCGCCGUCCUCGCAAUCUUAUUCUCAUCACCUCCGCGAGCGCUCGCUAUAUCUCGUCGCUUUCGACGCAACGAGGUAGUGGGAGGAGGAGGAGGAGGAGGAGGAGGAGCUCGCGUGGUAGGGCAUCGACGCUACGAGCUCGGAUCUCUAUGGCGAUCGCUCGAUCUCUGCCGUCCAUUUGCUAGGGUUACCGAUGUCGUCGUCUUCUUCGGCGGCGGCGGCGGCGGCGAAAGCGGCGGCGAUCAAGGGGGCGAAGCCGAAGCUCGGAGAGGUGAGGAAGGAUGGGGGAUCAUCGAAGGGGAAGGAGGUGGCCUCGGGCGAGGUGAAGAAGAAGGUGGAUGGAUCGGGGAAGCAGAUCUCGGUCUCCACCGAGAAAUCCGUGAAAGUUGUCGCUAAACCCGAGGUGAAGGGAAAGACGUCGUCGAGUUCGUCAAAGACUGUCACAAAAACAACUAAAAGAGUAACUGUUAAAGGGAAAACUGAGAAGAAAGUUUAUUCUCUGGCAGGCCAGAAGUAUGAUCCUCCUGAAGAGAGAGAACCACUUAGGAUUUUCUAUGAAUCCUUAUCGAAGCAGAUUCCAUCAAGCGAAAUGGCGGAGAUCUGGAUGAUGGAACAUGGAUUGCUAUCUGCUGAAAGAGCAAAGAAAGCAUACGAAAGGAAACAAAGGAAGCAGCAGCAAGCACGAACGGGCACGCCGAUCAAAUCCCCACCAAAGCAGGAGAGACCAGAAAGCUCGAAGAAACAGCAGGCAGUAAAGAACGGUGAUGUCAAGGCGAAGAAAAGAGUGAAUUACAGCGACGAUGAUGAUGACUUCAUCAUCCAAAAAAAGAAAUUGAAGGGAUAGAAUAAAGACAUUAGAAGCUAAACCAGGUUAAAUUAGCCAAAAGAAGAGUUAUAGUGUAGCUGAUUUACUAUUUGCGAGUGCUAAUUUACAAAGAAGCUCACCUGCAUUAUUAGCUGCAAGCGGCUGAUUUCUGCACGGAGAAGCAGGCAAAACUGUAUUGUUGUUGUUGUAGUAGUAGAGUGAGAAUUUGGACAUUCGUUUCUAUUCUCUAAUUUACAUUUUUAAUAAGAUGUUUCUUCUUGUUAUAGACUGGACAUUUAUUUGAUGUUUGAAAUAAUAUGAUGAAUGAUGCAGUGGGAAUUGUUCUA